GCUCGGCCAAAUGGCAAAACCUAAGCCACGUAUAGGGGAGUCAAUAUGUUGAUUCUCAAACCAUCCAUAUAUCCACGUUCAAAAGAAGAACAAAGUUAUCAGUAGUAACAUAUACUCAAUUUUAAUCCAUGGCUAUUCAAUGCAGCAAUUUUGUUCCAUACUUGAGCUGCAGUCCUAGUAAUAAAGAGAUACCCUCAUCAUUUAUCCGUUUCCCUGCAACUCAUCCCUUUUAUGUUGAUUCUACCAAAUUCAAGCUCUCAACUCCCAGGUUCAUCUCUGCCUUGGUUUCUGAUAACAAAGCUUUGGACUCUAAUUAUUCUGGUACUGAUAUGUUCAGAUUAACUUACUUGGAGGGGAAUAGCUGGUUGUGGGAAGUGGGAGGACUGAAAAUUCUAGUUGAUCCUAUCUUGGUGGGUAACUUGGAUUUUGGAAUUCCUUGGCUAUAUGAUGCUGCCAAAAAAUUUCUCAAGAAUUUCCAGCUUGAUGACCUUCCGGUGAUAGACUGCUUACUGAUUACACAAAGUCUUGACGAUCAUUGUCAUCUCAAGACAUUAAAGCCUCUUUCCCGCAAGUUCCCAAACCUGAGAGUUAUAGCAACUCCAAAUGCUAAGACACUGCUGGAUCCUCUUUUCAACAAUGUCAUCUACUUGGAACCUGGCCAGGAUUCUGAGAUUGAAGUGAGCAACGGCUUCCCGGUUAAAGUUAAGGCUACUGCAGGGCCAGUUCUUGGACCUCCUUGGCAGCGACCCGAGAAUGGAUAUCUUGUCACUUCUCCAAAUGGUGCUCUUACUCUCUACUACGAACCCCACUGUGUCUAUAACGAGACCUUCGUAGAGAAAGACAAGGCGGACAUUGUUAUUACUCCUGUCAUCAAGCAACUUCUACCAAGCUUUACAUUGGUUUCCGGACAAGAAGAUGCAGUUCAACUUGCAAAACACCUUUCUGCAAAGUUUGUUGUGCCGAUGAAGAAUGGUGACCUCGACAGCAAAGGGUUUCUCGCUAGUAUUGUUCAAUCUGAAGGAACAAUGGAAUCAUUCAAGGAACUUUUGUCAAAGGAACUACCAGAUGCAAAGGUACUUGAACCUACUCCUGGAGAACCACUGGAUAUCUCAAUAGCUGUACUGGGACAAUAAAAAGAGAGAUGUUUAUUUGAAUACUAGUUUCUCGACACGUGUAUCAUGAGUUAUUUAGUACAAAGUUUUUAUUAGCCA